UUGAAUUGAAAUUUGGUUUCCUAUUUUUUUUCAAUUUAAUUUCUAUCUUGGGGGGUUUGUGAGGAUUUUUCUUAUCGAAUCUUGAGAAUGAAGACUUUAUUUUAAAGAAAUUACGAUAUUUAGGCUAAUCUUUGAAUUUGACAUUAGCUGACAAAUAUUAUAUAUUAACUUGUCAUUUUAAUUUUGCUAUAAGUAUGUUAGUAUAUAACAAAAAUCAAUUAUAAAUUUGAAUUUCAUUAUUUUCAUCAUUUUGACGGGAAAAAGAUUUUUACAUGGAAAUAUUUUGUACUUUAAAAAUACAUUUUAAUUUGGUUAGAGAAAGUGGUGGAACUAGGAGAACUUACUCGUCACUUGUGCUUGCUUUUUAAUUAUUAUUUACGAAAAAAAAGUACAAAUACUGCUCCCAAUAUAAAAUAAUGAAAAAUAAAAAAGGACUUCAAAGUCGAGAUGUAUUUGAACGUAUGAAUUUUUUAUAUCAAGCAUCAAUGUUGAUGGCGGGUAAGAAUGAUACUUUAUCAGCUUACUAUGGCUUGCUUUUAAAAAAUGUUGGAAAAAAGUCUGUAUUAAGGAUCUUUAAAGAACGUGGAGCACGCUAUGCAUUGCUAAUGCUUCCAGAUGAACAAAAACAAAAAGGUGUUAUAGCGGCUUCUUUGGGAAAUCAUGCCCAAGGUCUAAGCUACCAUGCCCAGCAACUAAAAAUACCAGCUACCGUGGUAAUGCCAACAGCAGCGCCAAUUAUGAAAAUACAAAAAUGCUGUAAUUAUGGAGCAGAAGUCCUUGUUCAAGGUAAAGAUAUGGGUGAAGCGAAAAAAAUUGCUAUGAGAAUAUCAAAAGAGCGUAAGUUAUUAUAUAUAAAUGGAUACGAUCACCCACAUAUAAUGGCAGGACAGGGUACUAUAGGAUUAGAAAUAUUAGAACAAGUACCCAAUCCAGACGCUGUCAUUGUUCCUGUGGGGGGUGCGGGUCUUAUUGCUGGUGUAGCGACAGCUAUUAAAGCAUUAAAUCCAAGAUGUAAAAUAAUUGGUGUUGAGUCUGACAAGUGUGCAAGUUAUUCACAGGCUAUUGCAAAUAAGGCACCCAUAUAUACUGCAUGUAAAAAUACUUUAGCUGAUGGCUUGGCAGUACCAACAGUUGGUUAUAAUGCUUUUGUAACUGCAAAACCUUUAAUAGAUAAAGUAGUCGUUGUUAAGGAGGAAUGGAUUGCGUUGGGUAUUCUUAGGUUAGUUGAAGCAGAAAAAUGUGUCGUUGAGGGAGCCGGUGGAGCUUGCCUUGCAGCUAUUUUGGCUGGCCAUUUGGAUGAACUAAAAGGAAAAAAAGUUGUUAUUUUAAUCAGUGGAGGUAACAUUGAUACCACAAUAUUUGGAAGAUGCCUAGAAAGAGGUUUAGUUGCUGACGGAAGAUUGAUCAAAUUUGCUGUAAGAGUAAUAGAUGCUCCAGGUGGUAUUAAAGGUUUAUGUAAACUCUUGGCCGAGAAUGGCGUUUCUGUUAAGGAUAUAAUGCAUGAAAGAGCAUGGCUAAAAGAUGUUUUUUCGGUUGAAAUCAAAGUAAUUUGUGAAACCAGAGAUUGGAACCAUAGUGUCCAAAUGAAAGAGAUACUAAAAAACGCUUACGAAUAUGUGGAAUUCGUUAAUGAACCAUUAGCAGUAUGCUUCAAAGACUUAUAAUUAAAGACGCCAUCAGAAUUAAAUUUGUGCUUUACUUAUAAUUUUAAUAAAGCUUACACAAUAAAAAUUUAAAUUCAAUUUAUUUAU